AUGGCAGCUCAAAGAAUAGAAGCGUUAAAUACUUUGAAGGGAAUGUUCCCUGCUGUAGAUCCUGAGGUAUGCGAGGCUGUAUUAGAAGCUAAUCAAGGAAGUUUAGAACAAAGCCUAAAUAUUCUUUUGGGUAUUUCUGACCCAAAUUAUGAAAGUGAAGAAAUGAUUCCAGUUCAAACUGAGUCUGGACAAUUAACUUCUAGUACCAAAGAACAGAUUGAGCGUGAUGAAGAAUUAGCCAGAAAUUUAGCAGCUGAAGCAGAUAAAGAAUUACCUGUGAUCAAAGAAAAAAUCGUGCAAGCUGCUGAUAUAGCAAGGAAUGAAACAACUCAACAAUCUACUCCUCAUUAUACAAAUUUACCUGGUUAUGAAGCUGAUAAUCCCUUACUUGGUGAAGAUUUUUCUCCUUUACAACAACCACCACGACAAAGUAAUGUUGGUCGUCAAUACACGGACACCAGUGUUACUUCUGAUACGUCUAAUACUCGAAUGUCACCUUUGAAAUCUCGACCAGUCUAUGGAUCAUAUGGUAUUGAUGUUAACAAAGGUACAGACGAUGAUGAUGUAUUUAGUUCGACUAAUAAUCAUCAAAUCAAAAUUAUAAAAGAAUAUCAAAAUGCUGAAGAACUUAAAAAAGAUUUGAAUUUAUAA